AUGGGGGAGACGAAAGGAGAAACCGGAGUUACCGACAGUAGCACCAAACCCGAAGUGGUCUCAGUAGAAGAAGCUCUAGAAACAGUGCUGAGAGUGGUCCAGCGGCUGCCACCUGUCACCGUGCCCCUCCACGAUGCGCUUGGGAAGGUGCUGGCCGAGGACAUUCGCGCCAGAGACCCUUUGCCUCCUUACCCUGCCUCCAUCAAGGAUGGAUAUGCAGUGGUAGCUUCAGAUGGGCCUGGUGAGUAUCCUGUGAUUGCUGAAGCAAGAGCUGGGGACGAUGGACUUGGCAUCACUGUCACUCCUGGAACUGUAGCAUAUGUUGCCACUGGAGGGCUUUCACUUGAAUCAAGGAAAGUAAGAAUAUUGGCACAAACAAGCAAAGGAGUAGAUAUUCGUCCAGUGGGAUGUGAUAUUGAGAAAGAUGAUAUAGUAUUGAUAUCUGGGCAAAGAAUUGGUGCUUCAGAAAUUGGUUUGCUUGCUACCGUGGGAGCGACAGUGGUGAAGGUUUAUCCCACCCCAACAAUUGGUGUGCUUUCCACAGGAGAUGAACUUGUAGAGCCAACAACAGGCUGUUUAAGUCGUGGCCAGAUUAGGGACUCCAACCGUGCUAUGAUACUGGCAGCUUCAGUACAGCAUCAUUGCAAAGUUCUUGACUUGGGAAUUGCUAGAGAUGAUGAAGAAGUACUGGAGAAUAUCAUGAAUACUGUCAUAUCCUCUGGAGUUGAUAUUCUUCUUACAUCUGGAGGUGUUUCCAUGGGAGACAAGGACUAUGUCAAACUACUGUUUCGAAAGAGAGGGACAGUGCAUUUCAGUAAGGUUUGGAUGAAACCAGGGAAACCUUUGAAUUUUGCGGAGAUCAAUUCUGAACCUGCAGAGAGUAGGACAAUGAAAAAAUUUUUUGCAUUCGGUUUGCCGGGAAAUCCAGUUAGCUCUCUAGUCUGCUUCCAUUUGUUUGUGGUACCCACCAUCCGCCGCCUUGCUGGAUGGGCAAAUCCUCAUCUUUUGAGAGUACACGCUCGUCUUCUCCAGCCUAUAAAGACAGAUCCCACUCGUCCAGAAUUCCAUCGUGCUAUCAUUAGAUGGGAAUUAAAUGAUGGAUUUGGAAAUCCUGGCUUUGUUGCUGAGAGUACUGGCCACCAGAGAAGCAGUAGGAUCUUAAGUAUGAAGUCUGCUAAUGCUUUGUUGGAGUUGCCAGCAACAGGCAGCGUAAUAGCUGCUGAGACUUCCGUGCCAGCUAUCAUCAUUUCUGAUAUAAGUAGUACUGCUAUUUUCGAAAGUUCCUCAUCACCAGGUUCAGCAUCUCCUUUACAAAGAUUUAAAAUGCAAGAAACAACUGUAGCUGAGUCCCAGAAUGCCGAGUUUAGAGUAGCUAUUCUUACAGUGAGUGAUACUGUUGCAUCAGGGGCUGGGCCUGAUAGAAGCGGUCCAAGGGGUGUUUCUGUUGUAAAUUCCUGUUCAGAAAGGUUGGGAGGAGCUACGGUUGUUUCCACAGCUGUGGUCCCGGAUGAUGUAAGCCAAAUCAAGGAUGCUCUCAGUAGAUGGAGUGAUAUUGAUAAAAUGGAUCUCAUCCUCACCCUCGGUGGCACUGGCUUCACCCCACGAGAUGUAACCCCAGAAGCGACCAAACAGUUGAUUGAGAAAGAAACACCUGGUCUUGUUCAUGUCAUGAUGCAAGCGAGUUUAAAAGUGACACCGACUGCUAUGCUCUCACGAUCUGCAGCAGGAAUAAGAGGGUCAACCUUGAUCAUUAACAUGCCUGGAAAUCCAAAUGCGGUUGCGGAGUGCAUGGAGGCGUUGUUGCCUGCCCUCAAACAUGGAUUAAAGCAGAUAAAGGGAGGCAAGAGAGAAAAACAUCCCCGACAUGUCCCUCAUGCACAAUCCGCGUCCAUGGAUGUUUGGGAACAAAGUCAUAGGUUGGCCUCUGCUACUGGCAGAGAGCACGGCUGUUCUUGUUGCCAGUAA